AAUAACAACAAUACUAAUAAACAAAAGAACAUAAUUAAGACGUGUAAUUAAAUGUAGUCGUGAAUAUAUUAUUAUUUAAUUGUUAAACAUUUGACUUAAUUCGAAUUUGGCGAAAGGUGAUCUGUCAAAAUGACAAUUGGAACGAAACUAACAUGGCUGUUCGUAUAAAUCGAUAGAGAACUUUUGACUUAUUGUUAGUAUUUAAUAUCUUUUUUCCUUAUUUUGGUUAACCUCUAUUAUACGCAGUAUUAUAAUAAUGACAGAAUAAUAUGUGAAAAGAAUAUUUAUCGUAUAUUAUUUAUUAAAUCCUUUAAUUUCCUCAAAUACUCGUCAUGUACUACGAAGAAGACAUUUUAAUGAAAUACCUGAUACUCGUAAUAUUAUCGUAUCCAAGUGGCAGGUGAAAGUACUUCAAAUUAUUUUCACCCGUGAAGAGGAGAAGAACUAUGAAAUCAUCAUGAACGUCUUAAUACUGACAAUAGUUUUCUUGCUUUUCACUUAAAGUUAUUUUCAGUUUAUAUAAAUACAUAAAUUAUUAAUUUUUCUAUAUGAUUAUACGAUCAAGAGUGCCUUCUUUUAACAUUACUUUACCGACUACUAGUUAUUCAAAACUUUGAAUUUUGAAAAAUAAGUCUGGCAAAUAAAGAGUGAAAAAGAAAGAAAGAAAGAGAGAGAGAGAGAGAGAGAAAGAGAGCAAUACUUAUAGUUGGAGUUUUAAUAUGGACAUUUUUGAAACAAUUAUUGUAGCUACGGUAACAUUUGUGUGCGGUAUAAUAUGUACGCUACUAUUGGAGUUUUACUUGUUGAAAAAAUAUUUGGAAACUGGACCCUUAGCAAAGCCUCCAGAGGAGGAAGUGAAACAUGGAAAAGCACAGCUACCUCAGGAAUUACUUGAUAAGAUUCAAAAUGAAAAAACAAAUGCUAAUAGUAACACUGCUCGACAAAAUAUUUAUCAAGGAAAUGAGAACCUAGCGAUAAACCUUACAUUGCAAUUUCUUUUCAACGAACUGCGUGAUGCUGAAAGAGUUCGUCUCUGGCUUUAUAGAAAAUUGAACAAUGAGUUCAAAGAACUCUUAACACAGUCAACUACUGGAAAGUUACUUGACAGUGUAAAGUUGAGAGAUUUAAAUCUGGGUACCCAAUUUCCAACGAUAAAGGGCUUGGAAGUAGCUGAUUCUAAGAUUGAUGCAGAUACUGGUUUAUUGGAAUCGUUAGACUUAUCCCUCGACUUGCAUUAUUCUGGAAAUUUUCAAAUGUCCAUAGACGUUAAAAUGUUAUUGGGAAAAACAGCUUACAUGGCUCUGCAAGUUAAACGAGUCACCGGUAGAGCUAGAUUGCAAUUCACACGUGUACCGUAUACUCAUUGGUCCUUAAGUUUUUAUUCUGAUCCUAUUUUGGAAUUGGAAGUGCAAUCUCAAUUUCAAGGUCGUCAAUUGCAACCACAAAUAAUAUCAUUAAUUACUGGACAGAUAAGAAGAGCUGUACGUCGAAAGCAUACAUUACCACGAUACAAAAUGCGCUAUAAACCAUUCUUCCGCAGACUAAAUGAUGAAGUUAUGGACCUAUCUGAAGUUGCCGGUAUGCAAAUUACUCCAGGAUUUUUAGAAGUAACGUUAUUAGAAGUUAGUAGAUUAAAUGUUGGGCCUAGCAUGCUCAACGCAGAAGAUAUUUCUCAAAUUGAAGUACACUGCACAAUGAGCGUAGAUUCGACACCUUGGGUACACUUAACUCAAUAUAAUGGUGUACCAUACAUGGUAUUAGAUUUAAUUAUUAGCAAAAUUAGUUCCCAACAACUUGGCGUAGUAUUUAAACAAGAACUUGUUCCUGAAAUUGGCCAAGUAUGCGUAUUAGUUGAAACAAUAGUAUCUGGAAGUCCAGCAGCUAUAGCUGAAAUGAAAAAAGGUGAUAUUUUAAUAGCCGUAGAUGGUAAAAAGAUCUCUAAUAUGAAUCAAGUAGCAAAGCUUGUUAAAAGUGCUGUACAAAGACGUUUCAUUAUUAGAGUGGAAAGAAAAUAUGUCAAAGUAGACACUGAGAAACAAACAACUAUCAAAUCUGAUAACGAAACUAAAUCUGUUAUAGACAAAAUUAUAGACAAAAAAACAAGCAAAAUUGAUUCUACCAGUAUCAAAGGAGACAGUACGGAUGAUCUUAGCAAAAUGAAAUUGGAAAGUCCCAUUAAAUUGUUAGAUUCAAAAGAUACCGAUAAUGAGAAUGUAGAUAAGUUAGAAUUUUCUAGUAGAUUAUUUAGAAGAAGAAGAAGUAGUAGUACACAUAUCGCAGAAGAAACAACUCAAAUGCCUGAAACACCAUCUAGAAGAAUCUCAACUGCUUCCAGUCAAUCAACGACAUCUAGCAAUGUCCAAUAUUAUCCUAUCGAUGAUAGCAAUGUUACUAAUUUAUCAGAUUUAUAUUAUACUACGAAAGAAAAAGGAUUUGCUUCUUUGAUUACUUUCGAAGAAACUAGACAUUUUCAAAUAGAUUCCGAGCAGCAUUAUUUAAAUAUAGGUGUAUGGGGUCGUGUUAAAUCUUAUGAAUAUACUCCUAAAUUAUUAGGAUACAUUAACGCUCCUAUAAAAUUAAUUGUAGCACAGUGUGCUACAUCUUCGACUGGUCAUUAUCUCAAAUCUCAUGCUUUAUUGCCACCGGAAAGUGCUUCUUUAGCUACAGCCAAUAAUAAAUUGCAAGGAUACUCCGGUUUUGAUCCAACGCUUUGUUUCGGGGACAUUUUAAUGUCUUACAUGUGGGAAAGCAAUGUGCCAAAUCGUCAUAUCUCUAAUGAAUCUGUAAAAAAAGAAAAUGUAGAAACAGUUAGAGCUCAACCAAUUCAAAACGAAGAAGUAACUGAAAAAAAACUCCAUGAUUUUAUAAGAACUCACUUCCACAGAGUAACUCAUUGCGAUUUUUGCACGAAAAAGAUUUGGUUGAAAGAUGCGAUACAAUGCAGAGAUUGUGGUAUGGUGUGUCAUAAAAAGUGUGAAGUUCGUUGUCAAGCAUCAGGAAUAUGCGGUUCAGAAACUUUAGCAGCAUUGGCAUUAGAAGCAGAUGAAAUAGAGCCUACUGCUGUUAUUGGCGAGUCAAGUCCGGAGAUAUCUCUUACCGGUUGUGAAGAAAAUGUUCAGGGUGCAAGUAUGAUGGCCAUGAAGGCUAGUAUAGCUAACACGCUAUUGGGCCUGAAGAAAGCUGGGAGUACUAGUUGUUUGGCUCCACCAACUUCCGGUAUCGGUCUGGCAUCUAGAAGUCUUCCCCCAAGUCCCUGUGCAUCCCGCAAGAGUUCAUUGGUUGGAGGUUUGGGUAUAAGUCCUGAACUUCUGGAAAGUGCUGAACCAAGCGUGGCAGCUCCUCUCGUGGCAGGUGAUUUGGAUGACGGUCUUAUGUCUAGAGCUAAGGAUACCGGAAAAUUCUUAUAUAAGUAUCUGGAGCCAUUAGAACGCGUUGAGAAAAUGAACGAUAUGAUAGGGAAACUAAAAACUGCCCUAGAUGCUGAAACUACCUCAAGAUUAGAAUUAUCUCAAAGCGGAGAAAACGAUAGUAUUAAAUUAAUUGCACAGAGUGAUUUACGAGUGCAAGCGUUGAGUGUCUUACUUCUUCAUUAUUGUGCCGGUUUGCAGCACGCCCAAGAAACAUUAGAUAAAACAAAAAAUGAAAAUUGAAUUUCAAUUGAAGCAUAUGUGUGACACUGACAUGAUAAAACUCACCUAACGUGUCAAAAUUUGAGUUUGGAGUUAACGAUAAAUGUGCAUACCAUACAAUAAUAUGUUAUAAAUGUGAAGUUGAUAUAUCAAAGCGUAUUAUAUUAUUGAAAAUGACAAAGAUGCAACAAAAGUGAUAAGUUGAAAGCAGCUAUAGUUUGUUUCUUAUUUUUGUCUUCAUUUUGUUCAAUCUUUGGACCAAGAAUGCAAAAUUAGUGAAUGAACUAACGGUACGAAGAAACAAAUAUGAAUCAUUAUUGCACAAGAAAAAAUGAUUUUAGUGGUUACACGUUUGCAUGGCAACUAAUGGCAAGUAAAAAUACAACGCAAAAUCAUGAUACGUAUGAUCUGAUAACUUUCAAAACGAAAUAACUUAUUUACGCACUCUAGGUGGGUAUUAUCGUUCAGCGUUAGAGAUAUAUUCCAAAGAUUAUAUAUCGAAUGAAGAAAAACAUUUUUUCUUUUUCUAAUAUUUCCAUGUUCUUCUCUAUUAUUCUACGUUAGUCAAUUUGUGAAUUUAACUAAAUAUUCUAACAUAGAUUAUUUAUUUUAGAAAACUCGAGAUAUAUUAUUCGAUUGCUUGAAUUAACAAAUUAAUUGCAUGCGUAUUUUCGCAUGAAUGAUAUUAGUCGUAUUGAUAUUACUAUAUGAUUGUGAACUUUCAACUUAUAUAAUACUCAAAAAUAUAUUAUUGCGAUAAGAUUGGAAUGUCCCUAGUAAACACCAAAACGUUUAAGACUUAUAUUUAUAGUAGAUUGUAUAUUUCUAGAAAAAACUAAGUACAAGAUAUACGAGUACAUAUUCGCUACAUUAUAUAUAUAUAUAUACAUAUAAUUUAUUAAUGAAGUAUAAAUUGAAUGGAUUAACAGUGUUUUACCGAUUGAAUGAAUGAUUAAGAAGAAACUUCAAGAACCGGAAACUAAAGCAAUGAUUACUGAUGUAUUUUUUCUAACGUCUUUUUCCUUGUAUUUUUCACAAUGUUUUUCAUAUUUCUUUAACUCUAACUUGUGAUAUAUUUAAAUUGUAAUUAAUAUAUUUCGCAAUCAAAAUGUAUAUCAUAUUAUCCCAAUAAUUUGGGCCUAACAACAACGUAUUAUUCUUCUUAUACAACAACGAAAAAUAUAUUUAACAAAAUUCUGACUGAUUUUUAAGUAAUCUUCCAAUUAAUAGUAUAUAUAUUUAGUAUUACAUAAAA